AUGUCUGAAAAAAGCAACCACGGGGGCCGACGCUACGUGUUGCCCCUUCUGGAUCAAUUCAAGCAUGAAGGACCAAAUGGACAAUAUGUAUGCUUUGUGUUCGACGUGUUGGGCCACCACUUGGAUUUUCAAACCGCAAAAUACGAAGACGGGAGAUUGCCUAUUAAGGCGUAUCCUGCUCAUAAUAAUGGUGCUGAUCACAGUCGAUAUACAGAUCUAAAACCUACGAAUAUACUACUCGAGCUGGACAAUCCGGAAAAAACCAUUGACGAAUAUCUAGCUGAGGUUCCUGCGCGGGUCACUAAUGACAGUGGUGUUACAAAGCCACUCCGAGAGGUGAUCAGGACACCGCUCGUCUCGGAGAUGCGUGAGCCGCACGUCAGAAUAGUUGACUUUGGUGUUGCUUCUUGGUCAGACAAGCAUCUGGCGGAGAUGAUUCAAUCUCCAGCUCUACGAGCACCAGAAGUCACGAUUGGUGCCGACUGGGAUUCCAAGGUUGAUAUCUGGAGCCUUGGUUGCCUUAUCAUUGAGUUUGUCCAGGGGAUAGUGCCUUUCUCUGGAGUGGCAUCAAAAAAAGGAUCGUGGACAGUUGAUGACGACCGGCUCGCAAGGACCAUCGAGAUACUUGGUAACUUCCCGCCUGAGCUUCUUCAGAGAGGAAGCAAGACUGCGGAAUUCUUUAAUGCGGAUGGUGGUCUUCGUCGAAUCCCCGAUCUGAAAUCGACUAGCCUUGAAAGGUUAAUAGAUGGCGCUGAAAAGCCUUUCCUCAGACCCAAGGACAUGUCUGGCGCUGAAGUCCCUGUCUUCAUCGACUUCCUUCGAGGUAUGCUUACGAUUGACCCGACGUCUCGAAAGCCGGCCUCCGAACUACUGCAGCACGAUUGGCUUAAAAUGUAA